AUGACCAGGAGUUUCAUUGGGGCGAAUCCGGGUAUUUUAUUCACGAGAGCAGACAAAGGGAAUGUUACUGUAGCCAUUGAACAAACUGAAUACAAACAAAAAAUGCUCAAUAUGCUUGAAGACAGCAACACGUAUACAGUAAUGAAUAGGGAUCCGACUAGGAAACUUACUGAAUCAGUUAGAAUGUUGUUGACGAAAUGGAAAAAAUGUGAAUACAUUGAUUCAAAAUUGUACAGGAAAUUGUACUGCAGUGAUGGGAUAUUGCCGAGGAAAUUUGGAACACCCAUGGGCUCUCCGUUGUCUCCCAUCAUUGCAGAUCUGGUUAUGGAAGAUUUAGAAAAUUAUGCUUUGGAGAGAUUUGGAACUGAGGUACCUUUUUACUUUAGAUAUGUAGACGAUAUCGUGACUGCUAUUCCAAAUCACUUAAUUAACGAAUUUUUAAAAGUUUUCAACUCCUUUCAUUCAAGGUUACAGUUCACUUUGGAGGUUGGGGGUAACAGGACUUUAAGACAAACAGACAAACCGAAGACUGAUACUUCAACCUCGUCAUGGUUUACCAUUCCUUUUCUACCUUGCGUUUACAAAAAAUUCAAGAACAUCAUUAAAAAUCUGGAUGUUAAAUUGUCGUUCUUCAGUUUAAAUAAAAUGGACGGUAUUAUAAAAGCGCAAAAGGAUGUUCUUCCUCAUGAAUCUAGGAAGAAUGUGGUUUACAAGAUAAAUUGCAAAGAUUGCAAUGCUUCUUAUGUCGGACAGACUAGCCGUAAAUUAAAGACGAGAAUUAACGAACAUAAAAAUGAUAUUAAUAGGAAGAACGGUAAUAUGUCAGUAAUUUCUGAACACAGAUUACAAUUCCAACAUGAAUUUGAUUGGUCGAAUACUGAGAUUUUGGAUGAUGAGAGAUAUUAUGGGAAAAGGAUGGUGUCUGAAAUGCUUAAUAUCAAGAUGCAAGAUAAUGGCUUAAAUUUGAAAUCAGAUACUGAGUUCUUACACCAUGCAUAUACAAGCAUAAUUGAUAAAUUUUGA